CAAAAACCUCAAGCCUUUCUCGAUUCUUUGUCACAUUUUUAUUGUAAUUCUUGGAAAUUCGUUUCUGUAAGAAGAGAAGCCAAUACCUGUUCGGAGGAACUUAGAAGAACAGAGUGCAUGAACUGUUUUAAGCAUGAAAGAAGAUGGAGAAAAGAAGCGAGUCAUGAGAAGUACCUAAUUGAUGGCAAAAGGACCUUAACCAGCCAAAAUGCCCAUCCGUGUGGAUCAAAUGAUGCAACUGCUUUGCCUUGUUUCUCGGGAGAAGAGAAUGAAAGCUGCUGUGAAGAGCUCUUUUCGAGGAGGGAUAGUGGUGAUUACAACUGCAUUUGCUGGGGGCUUGGUAGGAGGUCCACUCGGUAUUGCUUUAGGAGGAGCGCUUGGUGGACUGCUUGGUACCUGGAUGAACAGUGCAAAAUUCAAGCCAGUCCCUCAGAUUUUAAUGGAAUUGCCUCCUGCCGAGCAGCAGAAACUCUACAUUGAAGCCAUUGCUGUAAUCAAGAGCCUAGACUGGUCUGAUUUUGCUCGACUAAGUGCUGUUGUGAUGAAUAGUCAUCUUCUCCAGCUGGAGUUGGCUAAACUACUGGAAAAUUACUUUAUCAGGGAGCUAAGUGCAGUGAUUAAGUAUGGAGAAUAAAGUUUUUCAGAGCAGAUCUAUAGAUUGCGUUGAAUUCUGCUCUGACAAUUGUGAUUCUUCAGUGUAUUAAUUAUUAGCAUUAGGAUUGUCAUUGUAGCUUUUGUUUCUGAACUGAUUCUGAAUAUCAGCUGUCUUCAUUAAAAUAUUCCUAAGAAGCA